AUGGCGAAGAAGAGAAAUAACAAGAAGAAGGGCGAUGCCUCGGCCAUGGACAUCUCCACGGAGGCCCAGACCAGCAUAUCCCAACGUGAGUCGGCGGGUUGGUUGAUUUUUAGGGUUCUCCUCUCCUUUGGUCGUGGAUUUCUUCUCUGAGAUGGUGCUGUUGUCCUCCCUGACGCUGUUGCAGCGAUGGACGCAUCCGAAGCGAAGGCGGUCGCUCCGAGCCUGCGCGCCGCAAGCAGGUCAGAAACCUAGUAGCUUUCUGUUCUUACUUUAUCGAGCCAUGUUUUGGGAGACAAACGGGUGCUCCAUGGUUCCUUGAUACUCUUCCCCUGUUACAAUUGUGGGGCAUUGAUGCCGGGAGGUGAGAAAGUGGACAGGAAAGAAUUGUGCAUUAAACAUCGUGCGGUCGAAUUCAUUCGAUCUCAAGAUUUUCCAGUAACCCUGGACAAAAUUACUGGGCGGACGCUCUUUCCUCUGAUAGGGGAAACCCUGAACUGAGUGUGUGAUGCGUAGCUUCCUUUUCCUGCGGGUAGGUGUUAGAAUCUAGUUGGGGGCUGCUGGGUUCAACAGAAGAGCGCAUGGGGCGGUUACUACUGGAUGCUUGGAAUAUUUGAUCACCAUCCAUGUAUGCGGCAUUAUUGACAAAGCUUUGAAUGAUUCUUGGAGCUGCGUUUCAUGGAUUGCGAGAACAUGCUUUGAGAAUGCACAUUUUCUGCUGAUAGUGACUUACUUGGGGCAUGCAUGGGCAAAUAACCCCCAGUAUUUUGUUGAUUUUUCGGGUAAAACAAUAGGAUCAUUGAACAAUUAGUCAGUAGACUAUGUAUGUUGUGCAUUCCGUGUUAGGAAAACUACACCAUUCAACAAUAACUCCUCAAAAUGAGCUUUUCUUCUUGGUUAAUACAUCCCAGUUUUGCAUUUUCUAGGGUCUUCUCUCCCAGCCACCUUUGGAUGAAAAAAGAUGGAAGCCAAAAGUUUGGUCUUGGAGAGUUUGGCUUCCAAGGAGAAUGGAGGAUGGAAAAUACAGAGAAGCUUUCCAUGAAAGGAAUGGACCUUGCUUUAUGUUUUCCGACAUGUUUUAUAAUCACACAAUAGCAAUAAAGACCCGAUUGAAAGUAAUUAAAUGUUUUUGUGUAUGGCUUAUUGUGUCUUCUAUGCCCAAAUCAAAGAGGUUAGUCAAGAAACUUUUGUUGACAUGAUUUUGACGAAUCAUUGGAUGUUCGACAUUUUUUUUGAAUGCCAAAUGAUCAGUAACCAUAAUAUGUUAAGAAGAUAUCACUUUGACGUUUGUAAGUGCGACCGAAUAAGUGAUCGGUUGUUCCAUGUGAAGAUUUGCAUCAGAACUUCUAUCCAUCCUACAAUCCCAAUGAACAGUUAGCAAACAUAAGAGGACUUACUUGAAGAAAAGGGUGUCAACUUCAGGCUUGUUAAACUCCUGCAACUUUGGAAACAAGUACAAGAAAUUGCAUUUUCCUUGCCAAGUGUGGCACCAGCCUCAUGGCCAUAUAUCUCUUGUCAGUGCGGAAUUUAGGCUUGUAUUCUAACGUUGUGAUGCCUGUAAAAAUUUCUUGGGAUCAUUGAACUGCUUUUGGAAAUUUGUUUCUUCGCGGAAAGUAUUUCUGGUAAUAUUUUGUGGGGUUUUAACUCUCUAACAUAGAGCUCAUGGGUCAUGUAUGGGCUCUCUUUCUGAUCAAUUGUUGCACCACUAUUUUCAGGAAAAUAAGCAAGGGAAUACCCAUAAGGAGAGCGAAGAACCUUAGGAAACAGAAAGCAAUAGAGCGAGCAAUUUCCAAUGACGAGAAGCAGACGGACAAAAUAGCAAAGAACAAGGACAAAUUAUCGAGAAUCCAGUCAGCUAAAUCAUUGUACGACUAG